AUGGCCACCACAACAAUCACCGUGGCCCCUGAAUUCAACUCAGGUCUCCAGUCCUCAAAAGGAAAAUCUAAAUUCACCGAGGCAUAUAUUCCUGCUCUCACGACACAGUGUCACGCCUCAAACCUUCUUCUCCUGCCCAAUGGGGACCUCCUCUGCGCUUGGUUUGGCGGCAGCAUUGAGGGUCGACCGGAUAUUUGCAUUUACAUGUCCCGUCUCGCGGCUCAUUCCAGCACAUGGGAAGAGGCAGUGAAAAUGACUCACGAUCACACUCGAAGCGAACAAAAUCCCGUCCUCUUUUGUGUCCCUUCUACGGGAGAAAUUCGGCUGCUAUACACAUCGCAGAACGGGGGGGAUCAAGAUUCAGCAAUUGUGAAGCAAUCAAGUUCACUGGAUGGUGGAAAAAACUGGUCCGAUCCUACUGUACUCUUCAGCGACAGGGGUACAUUCAUCAGACAGCCUAUUCAAGUCCUUAAAGAUGGAGCAUGGGUUGUUCCCAUCUUCAAAUGCCGAGCAGAGCCAGGUGAACGCUGGCUGGGAAGUGACGAUAUAUCAUGCAUACGGGUAUCAAGGGAUGAAGGUCGAACCUGGUCCGAGAUAGAAGUACCUAACAGUUAUGGCUGUGUCCAUAUGAAUAUUCGGCAGCUCAGCAAUGGUACCUAUCUGGCUCUGUACCGAAGUCGUUGGGCCGACAAUGUGUAUAUGUCGACAUCGCCGAAUGGCCUUGAUUGGAGUGAGCCCAAAGCGACCAUUUUACCGAAUCCCAACGCCGGUAUUUGCUUUGAUGUUCUGCCUUCGGGGCGGGUGGUUCUUGUCUACAACCAUUCUUCGAAGAAAGACGCUGUUGGUCGGAGAGAUGGUCUUUACGACGAUAUCAGCGAUGAGAAUGAUACGAGAGCCAAUCAGGCAAGCAAGCAUGGAAAGGAGGCGUUCUGGGGUGCACCAAGAGCACCACUAAGCAUUGCUUGGAGCGAUGAUAACGGAUUAUCAUGGAAGUGGAAGACAUUGGAAGAAGGGGAUGGGUAUUGCUUGACAAAUAAUAGCGAGCAAAAGCUCAAUCGAGAGCUCUCUUACCCCAGUAUUACCAUUCAGAAUGAUGGGAUGAUGCACAUCGCCUUUACCUUCUGGAGGCAGCGAGUCAAGUACGUCCGGAUAGGAGAAGACUUUUUAAAUUAG